AUGUCGUCUGCUCGUCAUCUUGCUACCCUCGCCCGACCUCUCCUCUCCACCCCGACUAGGAUCACCUCGAGGUCCAUCCGACCCGCUUCCCCUAUCCUCGCUCUGAGCAAACGGUCGUACGCCCAGACGCCCGUCACUCCCCCUCCUGUUCCUCAGGUCCCUGCUACCGAUGCUGCUCCGACCGUCAAGGAGGGCACCAAGAAGAAGGGCGGAUUUGGAAGGUUCAGGACUAGAUUCGCUCGAGGUGUCUUGUUCGUCGUCGUCGCCGGAGCCGGUACCUUCAUCUACUUCACCCAGAAGGACCUCUACCCCGGUACCCAGCUCGAUCAGGACCCCAAGAAGAAGACCGUUGUCGUCCUCGGUAACGGAUGGGGAGCCACCUCGUUCUUGAAGCAGCUCGACAACGAGGAAUACAACGUCGUCGUCAUCUCUCCUCGAAACUACUUCUUGUUCUCUCCGCUCUUGCCCUCGGUCACCGUAGGAACUUUGGAGGCUAGGUCGAUCAUCCAGCCCACUAGGUUCAUCACCAGGCACAAGAAGAGAAAGGUCGCGGUCUACGAGGCAGAGGCUACCGACGUCGACCCUAUCAACAAGACUGUUACCAUCGAGGACAACUCUGAACUCACCGCCACCUCGUCCAAGGUGACCAUCCCUUACGACUACCUCGUCUACGCCGUCGGUGCCGAGAACCAGACCUUCGGUAUCAAGGGUGUCAAGGAGUACGCUUGUUUCUUGAAGGAGCUCAAGGAUGCCGACAGGAUCCGACGUAAACUCUUGGACUGUAUCGAGACCGCCGCGUUUGCCGGACAGACCGAGGAAGAGAUCGAGAGGCUCAUGCACAUGGUUGUUGUCGGUGGAGGUCCUACCGGUGUCGAGUACGCCGGAGAGUUGCACGACUUCUUGAUCGACGACCUGCGAAAGUGGUACCCCGAGAUCGCCGACAAGCUCCGAAUCACCCUGAUCGAAGCCCUCCCCAACGUCUUGCCUGCCUUUUCCAAACAACUCAUCCAGUACACUGAAUCCACUUUCAAGGAGAACAAGAUCGACGUCCUUACCCGAACCAUGGUCAAGGACGUGCGUGAAAAGUCGGUCGUCGUCCAGGAUGCCAACAAGGAGAUCAAGGAGAUUCCCUACGGGUUGUUGGUCUGGGCCACCGGAAACACCUCGCGAGAGAUUACCCGCAACUUGAUGGCCAAGUUGCCCGAGCACCAGACCCAACGACGAGGUCUUGUCGUCGACGGCCACAUGCGAUUGGCCGGAGCACCCGAGAUCUUUGCUCUCGGUGACUGUACCGCCACCUCUUACGCGCCCACCGCCCAGGCUGCCAGUCAGCAGGGAACUUACCUCGCCAGGACUUUCGCCAAGAUGGCUCAGGCUGAAAAGCUCAAGGAGCAACUCGCCGAGAUGCGUGAAAAGGCUCCCGGUGACGAUGUCGAGCGAACCGUCAAGCGAUUGAACAAGGCCUUGGACUUGCCCCCCUUCCACUACUCUCACCAGGGUUCGCUCGCUUACAUCGGUAGCGAAAAGGCCAUUGCCGACCUGCCCUUCUUCAACGGAAACUUUGCCAGUGGAGGUGUCGCUACCUACCUCUUCUGGAGGUCUGCAUACGUCUCGACCCUAUACAGUGCUCGUAACCGAACCUUGGUCAUCCUCGACUGGAUGAAGGUCAAGAUCUUUGGACGAGACGUUUCCCGAGAGUGA